AUGAGUAAAACUAAAUACCGUAAGAAUCGAUUGCACAGGCAGUAUAUGAAAUCCAGGAGUAUAAAGAAAUAUCAUGGAAAUCGUCAGCAUAGGCAGCGCGUUGUUGCAUAUAUGAAAUUGAAGAGGCAACGUUUAAAUGCAAAAUUGACAGAGUUUGAUUUAGUUAUGCAGCAGUUUUUGGCUAAAGUCAAUGAUGGCCCGGAUUUUGUCUGUUGUGUGUGUUUUAGAAAGUUAUUUAGAAAACAAGUUUUACCGUGUAGCAUGAAGGAUUAUAGUAAAAGAAAAGAAAUAAGUGUAAUUGCAGGUAAAUGUAUUAGUGAACAAUAUUUGCAUAAAUGUAGUACAGAUUGUGUAUUGCCUUGUCAGUGGUUAAAUUCAGCUAGGGGUCAGUUGUGGAUUUGUUUCAGUUGUAACACUAAAAUUAGUAGAGGUCAUAUGCCACCGGAAUGUGCUUUGAAUAAUUUGGCAACAUGUUUUAUUCCACCAGAAUUAGCAUGCUUGAAUAGUUUAGAGCAACAUUUAAUAGCGCUGCAUAUUCCAUUCAUGAAGAUGCUAGCAUUGCCUAAAGGUGGGCAAAAUGGCGUCCACGGGCCUGUAACGUGUGUUCCUGCUAAUAUUGUGCAGACGAGCAAUUUGCUGCCGCGUUCGGACAUGGAUGGAUCUUUGCUACCUGUCAAACUGAAGCGUAAGCUCACGUACAAAGGGCAUUAUGAGUAUCAGUUUGUGGAUAGUCUACGCAUCAAGCAGGCGUUGCAGUAUUUGAAACAGAAUAAUGUACAUUAUAAGGAUGUAGAUUUUAAUGAAGAGUGGUUAAAUGAGUUUUGUAGGGAACAAGAGAGUGUGGCAGAACAGGAUAGUGCAGCAGUAGAUGGUAAUGCUAAUGAUGACAGUAAUGCAGCUGCUGAGGAAGAUGAGCUUCUGCAUGACAGACAACAGCAUUUUCUGGAAGAUGCCUGGUGUGAUCUCUGCCCGGAGCAAGAACAGGAGCGUCUAGAGUGUUUGGAAGAGCGUAGGAAGAGUGAACAACCUUCAGAUGAGCCUGUGGAAGAUUAG